UUCAUACCCCCAAAAACAAAUUGCCCGUGGACAGUGCUUAUUCCUUAAACCCUCUCUAACUCUAACCAUCAGAGCCACACUACCCAUUUCGGCGUUACGAUGAACCGCGUGAAAGCAGUUGCCGCUUCUCUCAGGGUGCUCCAGUCUUCACUCGCUACCCGAGUUCUGGUGACUCGAAAUCAGGUGACUCACUUCUCUCUCCAUAAUCCAUUGCCCCAUUUGGAUUCGUCUCGUAAUUUACAAUUUCCCAUAAGUCACAGCAAACUCUAUUUUUCUACCAAGCCGAGCUCUAUUGUGGACCUUGUUUUGACCAACGAUUGGUCCAAAGCGUUAGAACUCAAUUUAGAAAAUAGUUGCCCGUCAAUGACCCAUGAAACCGUUAUUUACGUCAUAAAGCGGUUGGAUAAAAAUCCAGAAAAAGCUUCGUGCUUUUUCAAUUGGGUCAUUAAGAAAGACUGGUUUAGGUCAAGCUCUUCAGUGUUCAGCUUAAUUGUUAGGAUCUUGGCCACCAAGGAUACUAUGAAACUAUUUUGGAUUACUUUAAGGAUGAUGAAGGAACAUGGAUUUUAUCUCAACGAAGAAACAUAUGUCACAAUUUAUGUUCGCUUUAAAAAGGAAAAGAUGAACAGUGACGCCGUUGCUUUGACCCACUUUUAUAAUCGGAUGCUAGAGGAGAAUGCAAUGCAAAGUGUUGUCACCAAGGUGGUCGGUAUCAUUUCAGUGUCUGAAUGGGGUGAGGAGGUUAUGGGUGAACUUGCAAAGCUCAAAAUUCAGCUGUCGGAUAAUUUUGUAAUAAGGGUUUUGAAAGAGCUUCGAAAUACUCCUCUAAAGUCUUACAAGUUCUUUCAUUGGGUUGGGACACAACCUGGUUAUGAGCGUAAUACUGUGACUUACAAUGCAGUUGCAAGUGUUCUCGCGAGGAAUGACUCAAUUCAGGAGUUUUGGAGUGUCAUUGAAGAGAUGAAGAGUGUGGGUUAUGCAUUGGAUAUUGAUACUUACAUAAAGAUAUCGAGGCAGCUUCAAAAGAAUAGGAUGAUGGAGGAUGCUGUCAAGCUUUAUGAGCAUAUGAUGGAUGGUUCAUAUAAGCCAUUGGUUCAAGAUUGCAGUCUCCUUUUGAAGAGCAUAUCUGCAAGUGAUAAGCCAAAUUUGGAUUUAGUUUUCAGGGUUGUUAGGAAAUAUGAGUCGACAGGGCACACUCUCUCCAAGGCUAUUUAUGAUGGAAUCCACAGGUCUUUGACAGGUGCUGGGAAAUUUGAUGAAGCUGAAAAUAUUGUUAGGACUAUGAGAAAUGCUGGUCAUGAGCCUGACAACAUCACCUACAGUCAAGUGGUUUUUGGACUUUGCAAGAUGAGGAGGUUUGAAGAAGCAUUUAAAGUGCUGGAGGAGAUGGAAUCUUGUGGAUGCAUCCCUGAUAUUAAGACUUGGACCAUUUUGAUCCAAGGGCAUUGUGAUGCCAAGGAAAUAGACAAUGCUUUACUUUGUUUUUAUAAGAUGAUUGAAAAAGGCUGCAAUCCGGAUGCUGAUUUAUUGGAUGUUCUGGUUGACGGUUUUCUUAGUCAAAACAGAAUAGAAGGUGCGUACGAGUUGCUUAUAGUGAUUAGUAGGAAGUGUCGUAUAUCUCCAUGGCAAGCUACAUAUAAAAAACUGAUUGAAAAGCUAUUGGGAGUCAUGAAGUUUGAGGAAGCACUUCAACUUCUUCGUUUGAUGAAGACCCACAACUACCCUCCAUAUCAUCUACCCUUUGUGCCUUAUAUUUCAAAGUUUGGGUCUGUGGAGGAUGCUGAGGCAUUCCUGAAGGCAUUGAGUGUAAAAAGUUACCCAUCGCAUGCUGUUUACGUUCAGGUUUUUGAAUCCUUAUUCGAAGAGGGUAGACUCUCUGAGGCCAGGGAUCUAUUGUACAAGACUCCUCACCAUAUCCGUACACACAGUAAAAUCUCUAAACUUUUUGGUUCAUCUGAAAGGGACACUCAGACUCAGCUGCUGCCUGAUCCCUAGAACUUCUCUCUCAGUAGGUAUCUCGUCUUUCUUCAAAAUUCAAAUGAUUGAUACUAUCAAGUUUGAUCAUUAGCUUGCAACACCACUGGACACAGGAAGUGAUGUGAGGCUAAGCUUCAUUUUUAAAUUAUAACAAAUUUUCAUCUUUGACCCGUAAAGUUAUAAAAUCAAUGGCUAUUUUUCAGAAGAUUCUGCAUUGUAGCUUUUAGUGUGUUUUUUUUUUUCUAACGGAGAUGGAUGUACAUGCUUGGCAAUUCAUAAGUUCCCUUUUCCCUAUCA